AUGAACACAAAAGCAAGAGCGAAUGCUAGACUUCCACCUGAAGUAAACAGAAUAGUAUUCGUGAGGAAUCUACCAUUUAAGAUUACCUCUGAGGAACUUUAUGACAUAUUUGGUAAAUAUGGAGCUUUAAGAUAAAUCAGAAAGGGAAUAUCAGGCAAGACCAAAGGUACUGCUUUUGUAGUUUAUGAAGAUAUUUACGAUGCUAAGAAUGCAGUCGAUCAUUUGAAUGGUUUCAAUGUUGCUGGCAAGUAUCUAAUUUGCCUUUAUUAUCAGCCAAAUAAACAACAAAAGGGAGCUGAUGCUAACAAAGUUAAACAAGAGCUGAACUAUCUCAAAGAAAAAUAUAACAUUUGA